AACAACAAUUUCAGAUUUUUAUAUACGAGAAAGUAUACACAUGUUGUAUGUAUGUAGUAUGUAUAAUACAUACAUAACAUACAUAGAGAGACAUACACCAUGUUGUGUAUCACUGAUCUAUAAAGUUUUACAUCUAGUCAUUACAUUUAAAUUAUGCAACAAGAAUAAAUUCAACCAAAAUAUUAAGACAGUCAUGAAUGGUAAAAUUUCAAGUACAUUGAUCAGUGCGAUUUGUUAACUGUAUGUAAAACAACAUUCAAUCACAGCAUUAAAACCGGCAACUGGUUUCAAUGUGGAGACUGAUGGUGUAUGUAAAUGUAGAGAACCAUAGUCGAAUCGUACAAAUACCAUGAUGACAGCGUAACGUGUAGCAUUUCAGCUUGGACUUGAGAGUAAAGAUCAAGUUUGUCCCACAUUAUCCAAUUUAAUAAUCAGAGUCACAAACUGGAUGAGUACCCAAUACAUAUAUAUAAACCCAAUAUGUUCACAUUUGAUGGAAAUUAGCUUUUGAAUAUAUUCACUUUGUUCAUCUAUUCCAUGUUAUUUCAGCUUUCCUUAGUUUUAUUUUUACAAUCCGAACAGGAAGUCCUGAUAACACAACAGCUUUGUGUCCCAUAAUUCCUGAAACUGCCGGUAUAUCAGCAGGGCAGCGACUAGAGAGCCAAACUGUUGAAGGACUGAUGUGGAAGCAUUGAUGUUCAUUUACUGGUACUGAGGCUGAUGCUAUUUUCAGUAGGUAAGGAUGUCUUUUCUGACUGCUUUUGAAUGUCAAUUUAUGCAUUGCUACUGUACAUGGUACUCUCUCACUGGCUUUCCCUGGUCACCCACUCCAUACACACUCACGCACACACACUAAGUUUCAGGUUGGAUACCCCCUGUGUGACUAAGAUAGGGAAGCCCAUGCAGGUGUUUUGUGUGUGACUCAACCCUGAAACAGAAGUAUGGAAAGGUGAAGUGGGCUAACUGAGAACAUUUUGACUGGGUCUCCCCUCUAACACAAAGCAUCAACAGAAUCCCCUGCUUACUGAAAACGACGCAAAACCUGAAACCAACACAGUUUCCAUUAUGGUUUCAUUUGCAAUAAAUGUCAAAGCAAUUCAUGAAAAACAAAAAUCAAAGAUAAGUUCAUGAUAAUCAUCAGCAUUCUGAGGAAAUAAUGUGACAUAGUAAAAAAAAAAAAAUUCUACAGCACAGGUUAAUGAGACACAAUAUCGUCUCUGCUUCUCUGUUAUUACACUCUCUUCUUCUGUUUGCGUCUCUCUGUCUAUCUCCGCCCACCAGUGGAACAUAUAAAUCGCCCACAAGACAGACAAAUGUCAGCAAUUGUUGCCCAUUACCAAAUCAGCGCAUUUACUUUCCAUCAAGAACAGGAAAUAGGACGGGCCCCAAGUUGCGCCAUAGCCUCUGUAGCUCUCCUCAGAUGAUCUGAGGGGAGUUUCACUUCCCCACAUCUGUUAGAUCAGCUUUCACAUCAAGAAAAGGUGACAUAUGCUUAAUGUCCUUUGAAAAUGCUGUUUUACAACCGUGGUCACUAUAUAUAUCUAUGUUGUGUUGAUAUUUUUACUUAACAAUUCAAUACACUGAGCAUUACAGCAUAAGCUUUCUGAUAACCAUUUCAAAUAACCCCAGGGUUAUUUGAGGGCCAUUUUAUACUUCACUUCUGUGACUAUAAGUGGCAAAUCACUGAAAACAUUUGAGAUGUCAAACUGCUGCUGCUGCGCUCUGCUCUGCUCUCUGUGGGCUCAGACAUCAGAGGAUGUUGCCCUUCUAGCCACACCCGAACCGCUGACAUCACAGCAGGUGUUUUCCAUCAGCUUUUCUUCUUUUCAGCUGUCAAAGGCAAAACACCUACUGUGACAUCACUUACUGGAAUGGUGGCCAGUAAGGCAACAUACUUGAAAUUUUCUGCCCAAUUUUCAGCGAUUUACCGUUUAUACAAUCAAAGAGCUAUAAAUCCUGCUUCUGCUGCCAUCUAGCUGGUUAAGAUUUUCACCCUGCUGCAGUGAUGUAAAACUGCAUAUUAACGCAGUGUGUGGUUAGCCAUGUAACAUAGAUGAAACUUUGUCCAUUUAGCAUGCCAUUGUCAUACUUAAAAUUAUUUGAGGUGAUGCUACAAUUUGAGAGAUUUAUUUCGUUGAAGCAUACUGGACGAUUAUUAUGACAUAUGUCAUAUCGCACACAUGAGGGAGGUCAAAGGUCAAAGUCAACCACAGAGCAGAUGACAUGUCAGCAGGGCACAUUUUUUGUUUACUGUACAUUUGGGUAUAAAGACGUGUCUAAUGAAUUUUUGUACCUCUUGAAAUUCACUAUUUGACUUAAACAGAAACAGCGUUGCUUGUACGUAAAAUGAGCUGCUGCACAGACUUAACAGUACGUGCUCCGUGCACUGUUUUUACACUUCCGACCCCAUCUUUUUCAGCCUACAUACUGUGCAGUGCUGCGUUUGUGUGUCAGUAGCUUGUGGAUGAAGUCGCCCCGUUCACUGCUUGACACCAGAGGCAGAGGAGUGAAGGUGCAGAUCGGUGGGCUCCACUUCAAAACAUGUUGCAGACCACGACUGUGUUGCAGGAGGCUAAAACAAGCACCACGAAGACCUGUUUGGCAGCUAUUAUCGUCUGCGAGAUUAAAAUGGACCAAAAGUGGAUUCAGAUCCUGGUUAUUCUGGUGUUUUAUCCAACAAUGACUUCGGGAGAUGGUGAUGUAAGAGUAAUGGAGGGGGAAUCAGUUGAAAUCAAAUGCAAGCCUCCAGAGGAGUUCUACUCCACACUCAUCUGGUUUCGAGUUCUGGACAACUCAGGCAUGGAAUUCAUUGCAUCUUUUAGCAGAGGUGGCAGUUUAAAGGCACCCAAAGCCCUCCCUCCAGCCUUCAACAUGGACAAGAUUUCAAAAGAUAUUCUGAAGCUGAAUUCCUUCAGCAAAGCUCGUGACAGUGGCACCUACAUCUGUGCUAGUAUCCAAAAUAACGCAGUAAAAUUCGGCGAAGUAACACAAGUGAGAGGAGAAGUUGAAGUUGCAACAAGAGCACCACCGACCACCACUGCCAAUCCAAGACUACCCACAACCACCACACCCUGUGUUUGUACCAACAAUAUAAAGCCAGUGGAAACCCACCCUACCACAUAUUGCUCUUUAAUCAUUCUGGGCCCACUGGCUGGUGGCUGCGGCCUUCUUUUUCUGCUCCUCGUCAUCACCAUCCUGUACUGCAAUCAUGUAAGAACACGGAGAUGCCCACACCACCACAAAAGAAAACCGCGGUCAACGGCUCCUGGAAAACAAAUGAAGGUCAACAGGCACAUUUAUUCUGAAUGACGCAGUUUCUCCGACAUUUCUUUAAAUUGCAAUUGUUUCAUAGUGUUGUGUUAUUGACACAUUCAUGGUGAAUAAUUUGCUGGCAACUUAAAACGUAGAAAAUAUAGAUACUCUUCAAAAGUGCUUCAAGUACUCAAUGCUUCAAAUACUAUGAAAGCUUUUCAUUGUCAACAUUAAGUGCAUUGUUGACUGAGGCUGAUAAUGCUGCUUUAAAUAGUAUGACAUGAAAUGUCUGCUCAUCCAGUCCCUGAGAAAUACAAAGAAAGAAUAUUAGAAUUCAGUUAAUUUUCUGUUGAAAUUAAUGAAAAAAUUGUACAUAAUUAGUUUUGUUUUUGUAUAGAUUUCAUUUAGUUACAUUUACUCUCUCAACUUUUAAAAGCCAAUUUUUCACUCUUAAGUUUUUCGUCAUAAUCUUCCUUCGUUGAUUUUUGACCUUAACUACUGAACUGUCCUUUAGUCUUCAACGCUCCAAAAAUUAAAUACUCACUGUUAAGAAAAUGCCUUGUUCGACUUGAAAUGUUGAAAAUUAUAGAUAUUUAGUUAUGCUUUAGUUUGAGUUUUUUUCCUCCAAAUUAGCAUUUUCAAAAAUUAAAAUUUUCAAAAAAAAAAAGAGGCAAAAAUAUUUAAAUGUUUUUGGGGUUUUUUGAAUGGAUUUUCAGUGUUUUACAAUUAUCCCCGUCUGAAUUUUUGUAACAUGAAAUAUAUUGUAAAAGAAAUAAUAAAUAAAUGUAAUACCAUUCAGAUAAGCAUUCUUAGCUGCAAAGAAUUGUAUUUCUCUUUAUUUUCUUACUUAUUUAUUUUAGAUAUAAAACCCACUCAUUUACAUCCCUGUCAGCUAUUCAGGGCAGUGGCACAAAAAUAAGUUGUAGCGAAAGACAUUUGUUUUGUUGUAAGCCCCCCGAGUCAAAAGGAAGUGGGCUGCUACAACUGUAUGCAGAGUGUAAAACCACUGAGUCGGGAGCAGAGAAAAACACUUUCAGCCGAGGUUCCCAUUCAGUUUAAUAUGCACACCUGUAAGAAAACAGUGUUUAUUGAUUUGAUAUUAAAUCUGUUGAUUUUUCCCGCUAUACAUUUAACUUUUUUAAAGGCAGUUCAUGUUAACUUUUGUUUCUUACUUUAGGCACAAAGUGUAGAAAACAGACUCUCAUGUAACAAUUACACCAUUCUAUUUUUAGAUGUAUUUUAUUUAAUUAGCAUUCCCACAUUUAAAAUAUCUCUCAGAUCUUUUGACUCACACCCACACAAAACCUUUGACAUGAAGAAAAAAUAACUUCGGGGACAUUAUAGUGAUUUGACUUUACGGUUUAAAGCCCUUUGUAAAUUAUACAGUGUUGUCUUAUAUAGAGCAAAAAUCUUCUUUCUUUUUUUUUUUUACAGUAUACAAAAUGGCGGUUUACAAAGCUUAACCACCUUGGUUCACUAAGUGCACUUCUGGACACCAGUUAUCUUUUUCUCUACAAGGCCAAAUAUGUUUUUUUAAAAAAGACCCUUUUCUUGACAGAUAUUUCUCUACAGAAAGUAAAAUGCAUUCGCAAGAAGCUCUCGGAUACAGAAUUAAGCAGAACACCCUCCUGGAAAUCCUCCACACAUUUAAUCAUGUAAACUAUGUGCUGUCCAAAAUAUAAGCAAACUAACCUUUACACUAGUGUCUUAAUGGCAUGUGACCACAUCAUGAUAGAAAACUUGGCUUUUCUGUGUACAUCAAGAUUGCACAAACAUCCCAAUACUAUACACCUAAUCCAUACUGCUUCCGCGCAAGCUGACAGUCACCACCGCUCCAACCAACGUCACAACACCACCAGGCUUCAAUAACCUGUGUGAUGUGAUAUUAGUCUAUAAUUGGAAAAAUAGGAACUGUCAGCUGAGAUGUACAUGCAGGACUCUGACGAGCAAUGUCUUCCUUCCCUCAGCACGCUCAACACACCAACCAGCAGAACAACUUUUUUUUUAACGUCUUAAACUCCCCCCACCCCACCUCUCCUUUCUUUGUCUGUUCAUCACUCAUUCUUUACAUCCAUCUAGAUUUUAAAAGUCUCCUUUCAGUUUCUCCAAAGAGAGAAACCAAAAGCUCCUCAGCCUUGAACACAUGUGAAAUCGAACAAGAAAGGUGCUGCGCGUAGGUGUGUGUGUGUGUGUGUGUGUGUGUGUGUGUGUGUGUGUGUGUGUGUGUGUGUGUGUGUGUGUGUGUGUGUGCAUGUCUAAGUUUGUCU